AUGGUAGAGAGUCGUCGAGGGGGUUGGCUUUUGUGGAGAAUCGACAAUGUGGCUGGUGUUUGUUUACAGUGGGAGAGUGAGAGGAGUGACGACUGGCAUGAUGGUGGGUUUCAAACAGGUUUAAAAAGAGCAAUGGCUAGUGUUAUAGAGGCUAGCGGUGAAUUUCGACUGGGUUUAAAAGAAGUAGCGACUAGCAUGAUGGAGGCCACCACGACUUAUGCUUCUUUCGAAUCACUAGAAGAACUCUCGGAGAGAAUUUCAAAGGCUAUGUUGAUUCUUGGUGAGGAAAUAAUAGUCGGUGUUUCUAAUUUUGCUGAAAUCCAUUUAAAAUCUCUCCUUAAUCCGUGCAAAGUCCUCUCGGGUUUUGGAUCAACUAUCAAAUCACCUAUAUGA